AUGGCACUUGACGAUUUGGUCGCAGCAAUAGAAUUAAACGGGAAAUAUUCACAACUACAGCUAGAUGAACUAAAAUUUAAAUUGGAUAAUAUCUCAUCAGCAUUAAAUGUUGAUGAAAAUACAAUCAAACUUGCCUGGUGUCUUUUAGAAAACAUGCAAUUACUAUCAAGCGACCCCUCAGAUCAACAACAAAAACUAUUAGUGGCAUGUUCAUUAUUUAUAUGCGGAAAUAAAAAAUUAAAUUCAGUUUUAUAUAAUUUAAAAAAUUUAAAUUCAAACAAUAAUAAUAGUAAUAAUAAUUUAAACAAUAACAAAACAAUAGAUAGUAAAAAUAAUAAUUCAGAUGAAAAUGAACAAGAAAAUAAUGACAACAAUAGUUCCAAUAAUUUAAAUACAGAGUUAAUAAAUUUAAUAAAUCAAUGUAUAUAUGGCGAAGAAAAUGGUAAUAGUGGUGGAUCCAAUGAUAACAAUAAUAAUAAUUAUAAUAAUUAUAAUAACAACUCAGUACUUUUAACACCUCUUUUAAAAUGUUUUAAUGGGGAAAUUAAAAUUGGUCAGUUUUUUGAAAAACUAGAAUCUCUUGUAAUGGGUCUUCGUUUGGGUGAAAAUUUAGAACAACAAAGUAAAGUUGUGAAACAAAGCUUUUCAACUCUUACUGAUCUUUAUAGAAAAUAUGACCAAAUCUUUUUCAAUUUAUUUCAUCCAACAAAUUCACAAAUUUUAAAGCAAACCCAACAAGAUUCAGGGGGCGCUAGCGGCAGUAACGACUUAGGUUUAACUGGUAGAGGUCCAAACAACGGAAUAAAAUCAAAUGAAGAGUAUCUAUUUGCAAUUGGUUGGUUAAUGUUUCUAUACUACAAGAAUAAUUUAUUUAAAGAGACAUGUCCAGAUUUAGUACAAUCGUUAUAUUUUCUAUUGUGUACACUUAACUAUAUCUAUCUUAAUACUACCUCUGACCUUCGUAAAAUCCCAGAAUCCCAAAUUGUCGAUCCAUCUACCCAUGAUAUUUUACCAUAUCUUUCAAAAACCUUGUCCAAAGACUGUUCAUAUGAAGAUCUAUUGUCUGUAAACAAAAACACCUUUUCAUCUUUUAACGACUCAUUAAUCAAUGACAAUAUUUUAAAAUCUUCAAAUAAUAUAAAUCAUUACUCACCAGAAAAUAAAAACAACAAUAAUAACAAUAAUAAUAAUAACAAUAACUUUUUUAAUAGCCCACAAAUUUUAAAAGAUAACUUUAAUUCAUUAAAUAGAAAUUAUGAAAAGUUUUAUUAUACCAAUGGUGAUAUAGAUGAACGUCUAUUUUUUACAGACGAUCUUUAUAAUAAUGUAAUAUUCUUCCAUCCACCCCGUAGUGUUCCUGGUAUAAAGAAAAAUAACCAAAACACCCCAAGAUCUGCCCAAACACCAACUACCUCAACCUUAUCAAUUGAAUCAUGGAUAAAAAAUGAAAUUAUUAGUUUUAAUAAGACCUAUCCCUCACCAAGAUUAAUAGAUAUUAUUAAAACAAUUAAUGAUGAAGAUCAACAACAAAAAGAUAACAAUAACAAUAGUCAAGAAAGUAUAUUAGAGUCAAUUAUAUUUAGAGUUCAAGAAUACACAGAUGAUACCUCACGUUUAUUUAAUGAUAGUAACCCAACUACUAAAGAUAUUAGAGAAAAAAGAAAAAAUAUUGCAACCAAACUAUAUUAUAGCCUAUUAGAAAAAACUAUAAAAAAAGAACAAAAUAUAUCACAAAUUAGAAUUUUAUUAAACCAUGAAGAUUUUAAUAAAUCAUUAUUAUCAAGUUGUUUUGAAAUUAUUGCCUAUGCAUACAAAUUAGAGCCAUUAUAUUUCCCAUACUUUAUCAACUACUUUAAUAUUCAAGCUUUUUCAUAUUGUAGAGUUAUUGAAUCAAUUUUUAGAGCUGAUUGGAAUUUACCAAAAUUGUUAGCUAAUCACUUUUAUUCGAUUGAAGAGAAAAUCUUGGAAAAAUAUGUUUGGAAAAAGAACUCACCAGUUUUUAGUAUGCUAAAAAAUGAUCAUCAACUUAUAACAAGUUUGGUAAAUAGUGUAAAUAGUAGUUCUUUAAAUAACGGUGGCAUUCCCUCAUCUCCAUUGCGUGGCCAACAAUUUAAUAGCAAUAGUAGUUUACGUGCAGCCCAAGUAUUUUCAACACCAACUAAAAAUAAAAAUAAUAAUCAAUUUACAAAUAACAACACACCUCUAACUCCAUCGAAAAGAAACCCAUUUGUUGUUAAUUUUAUAAAAAAAGUUUUAAAUACUAUAAAUAAUAAAUGUAGAAAUAUUGCAUCACUAAUGGGACUAUCAACAGAUUUUUCAUACGAAACCUGCCAACUUAUGAACAAACUAUUUUUGGACCAUUACAUUUUGUUAAAAGAUAGAGAAAUUGAUGUACUUUUGGUUUCAACAGUUUAUGUUUUAUGUAAAAUCCAUAAUAUGAAGAACAUAUCAUUCAGAAAAAUUAUUGAUGCAUAUCUUCCAGAGCCAAAAGUAUUUACCAAAAUUCUAAUUCAAGACUCUUCUGAAGAAUCCUCCCAACCAGAGUAUGGUGAUAUCAUUAAAUUUUAUAAUAAUAUCUUUUUACCAAAAAUAAAUACCUCAAUUUAUGAAAUUUAUCAAAAUAUUAAAAAAAUAGAUCCAAAUUAUGGCUCAAGCACGAGUUUGCCCACUGGCAGUAAUAAUUUAGUACAUUUAUUUAACCAACAAUCAAACUCUCCAUCUCGUAUCAAUAGUUAUAAUAAUAAUAAUAUUCAAAUAAUCCAAUCUCCAGUUAAACGUCUACCACUCUUUUCAACACCCACUAAAAAUCAACAAAAUAAUCCAUAUAAAAAAGAAACUAAUAUUAAUACCACACCAGUUAAGGCACCUGCCUCAUCAAUUCCUUUAUCACCUCAAAAAGGAACAAACUAUACUGUAAAUAGCAAUGUUACAAUCUCACCAAUGAAACCCUCUUGCUUCCCAAACUCUCCCUCAAAAUCUUUUACAUUUAUAAUUUCAAAAAGUCCAAGCAAAGAUCUUUUCCAUAUUAAUCAAUGUAUAAACAAAAAACCAAACAACCCAAUUGUAAAUAAAAAUAUUAAUAACAAUAACAAUAUUAAUAAUAAUAAUAAUAACUAUAGUGACAAUAAUGACCAAAACAAUCAAAACACUGAAAAUACAAAACCAAAAUCAUCUAUUGGUAAAAGACUUUAUUUUAAUGAUGAGGAAUCACCAACUUUAGAACAACAAACAUCAACAUCAACAUCAGCCUCAACACCAUCUUCAUCACCACCAAUUUCCUCUCCCGCAUCACCAACAAACUCUGAUAAGAGAUUAAAAUCCCAUAAAAAUUAACUCUAAAAUUUUUUAAAAAAAAUAAUAUUGUAAAUAAAAAUAAAUAUAGUUUUAAAAUU